CGCCCCGUGCUGGGGGCUAAGCGCGAGAAUCGGCGGGAUGGACAAACAUCACAUCAUCGAAUCAAGUGCAGCGGGAACGUCCGCACGGCGAGGAACGAGAGUAAAAUAAUCGCGUUAUUUUUUAUUUUUUGCCGUUUUAGAUAAUUUACGGCGUAGGAGUGUUUCUCCGAAAACACGAGGGACGACGCGGACGAAGUAGCAGUGUUCUUUGAUUGGAUGUUACCUUCCAUACGCUGGCUUUUCAUGGGGAGAAAGUAAGAAUGACGACUCGGUUAGCAAGAUGGCUAGCCGAAUAAUGCUAACGAGAUCUAGAAAGGAGCACCGAUGAACACUUAUAUGGAUGAACGUCCACUUGCGUGGAAUUUGAAUGAUCUGAAGAGCAACGACACGAAGAAGAGGUCCACGCAACCCCGCGGCUGUCAUGGACACCGUGAGGUCACCUCGCUGCCACGACGAGGACGAAGAGCUGCACUCCACAGAUCCCGACACUAAAGAGAGAAGCAAGGACAAGAAGGUUUUGUGCAAAGUUAAGUGGUCCCGCGACGAGGACGAAAAGCUGAAAAAGUUGGUGGAGCAACAUGGCACAGACUCUUGGAAAUUAUUAGCCAACUAUUUUCCCGGUAGGACAGAUGGCCAGUGUCAGCACCGCUGGCAGAAGGUGCUCAACCCCAAGCUGGUGAAAGGCCCAUGGACAAAGGAGGAGGAUCAGAAGGUGAUCGACUUGGUGCACAAGUAUGGCCCCAAGCGCUGGUCGGUGAUCGCCAAGCACCUCCAGGGCCGCAUCGGCAAGCAGUGCCGCGAGCGUUGGCACAACCACCUCAACCCCGAGGUGAAGAAGUCGUCGUGGACGCAGGAGGAAGAUCGCAUCAUCUACGAGGCCCACAAGCGACUGGGCAACCGUUGGGCCGAGAUCUCCAAACUCCUUCCCGGACGGACGGACAACUCCAUCAAGAAUCACUGGAAUUCCACCAUGAGGCGCAAAGUGGAGCACGAGGGCUACCUGCAGGACACCGGCGCCAAGACGGCCACGUCCUCCCACGGCAGCGGUGUCAAGAGGCGCCAUCACUCGCCGUGUCCUCCUCCGACGCGGGGCGAGCCGCGGCGCUGCAGUCGCAGCCCCCUGCGCCCCGUGACGGCACCCAACCAGAUGCCGAGCUAUGAGUUUGAUCCCCAACGGCGCCACCUAAUGGACACUUCGGGUUUCAUUCAGCCGUCUUUCCCGGAUGAUCCCGACAGAGAGCAAAGAAUUAAGGAACUCGAGCUGCUGCUUAUGUCAGCCGAGAGCGAAGUACGUCGCAGAGGUCCAUGUAGCUUGGAGCAGUAUUCGGCCUGGUCAGAUGGCAUGCCCGAUACGACAAGCAGCGGUCCAGAGGUGCGGGCCGACGGGCGGUCCUGGUCGGAGCCAGAUAACUCACGUGGAACCCCUGGCCAGCUUCCCGUGUCGCCCACCAAGUUGUCGGCUGUGGAGGCCAGCACGGUGCUGUCCACCCUGCAGACCAUACGCGACUUUGCGGAGACCAUGGAGCUCAUUGAUUCGAUGUGUUUUGCCGUUCAGGACCCGGCGGCGUGGAGCGACGUGGCCACUUUCGACCUCUCCGAGACGGCAGAGGCGCCCCAACACGAGCAGGCCGCCUUCGCCACGCUCCUUCAGGAGAGGACCGCUAACGUUUCGCCGGGCUUCUCCCCGACUGCCGCCGCCGCCUCAUCCAAGACGUCGCCGGGCAAGAGGAGGCGAGAACGAGGCCAACCCACCGCCCUGUGCGACAGGACCUACUCGUCCUUUUUGGAAAACAUUUCCAAUUCGCCCAAGAGGACGCCCACGAAGUCGCUGCCCUUCACGCCGUCGCGGUUCUUUAACAUAUCAGCAACGGAGCAUCUCAACUUGGAGAACCCGGCGCUUACCUCCACGCCCGUGUGCGGCCAAAAGUGUCUCCUCAGCACGCCCCGUCACAAGGAAUCCACACCCAAGCACCAGAAGGAGAACGAUGGUUCUAGGACACCCAAGUUUCGUAAAACGGUGAUGAUUCAAACACCGAGGACGCCGACGCCCUUCAAGAAUGCUCUGGCGGCGCAGGAGAAAAUGCACGGCCCACUCAAAAUGGAACCGCAGCCAUUAGCUUUUCUGGAAGAAGACAUUCGCGAGGUUCUGAAGCAGGAAACCGGGGCCGACAUCUUUAACAGGGUGGCCAUCUUGCAGCCCGACUACAGAGCGUGGAAACAAAAUAUGGACGCCCCGGCUCGAAAAGUGCGCAAAUCUCUGGUACUGGACCCGUGGGGGAAAGACUCUCUCAGUGUGCAGCUGUUCCAAGAUCAACACAAUGACGCACAAGUUCCCGAUGAGAGUCUACUGUCCAGCUCCUCCCUGAGCUCCCCGAUCUCCGAGGUGGAGCAGCAGCAUGAGGAGGAGGCGGAGAAGGUGGAAGGUGGCUACCCUUUGACGGAGCGCAAGGAGACGCCUUCAGUGGCGCCGCACCACCUUCGCCGCCUCAUCGAGAAGAAAACUCACAGGGUGGCCAAACAGGUGAGCGAGUGGGAAGCGGUGGCCUACGGACAAACGGAGGACCAGCUGACCAUGACGGAGCAGGCCCGCCAGUACCUGAACCAGUACCCAUUGACUGGUGGCUCCACCCCCAGGGCCCUUGUCCUUUAAGAAGACCUUCAAGAACCCGUCCCAAUCCCCUUUGCAGGUCCUCUUUUCCAAAUCCUGUAAGAGUCAAUCCAACGUCUUUUCUAUUGGGGUUUCUGCUUUUGUUUUGUUUUUUUAAUCAGACCCGAGUACUUGACUUUUGAGCUUCACUCCUCUCUAAGGCCCGAUCGGUUAUUGUAAAAUCGUGGUUUGGGAGGAAGGCAAGGCAUCUCAAAUUGAGUGGGGUGGUAUUUUGGAGGGGGCUGGGUAAGAAAUUUUGUAUGUGUAUUUUACAUGGAUUUAUAUGAGAAAUGCCCCCCCUCCACCUCCGCACACCCGAUUUAUUUUUGUGUGUCAAAUAUUGGAAAUUGGCAUCUCGGUCGGGCCUUACUGCUCUCCAUGUCAGUAAUUGUGAGACACUAACCCGGUUUCAAUGGAGGUCCUGCAAAAUUGCUCCAUAAGAGCCGUGACGCUCAAUAAGGCAUCAAGGCAGGAUAUUGCGGGGGGUGGGGGGGUGGGGGGUUUCUUUUUACUGACUUGAGAAAAAGCUUGGUAGCACUUGUGAUUGUUUUUAUUUCAUAACAGUUGAAUGUAUUUCAUUUUCACAGGAAGGGUACCUUGAUGUUGAGGGUGUUGUAUUUAUUAUUGUUGUUAUUGUUAUGGCUUGCAUAUUAAUAUAAAUCGGACAACCACAGAGUGAGUAGUUAAACUUUUGGGCAUAUGGACAGCGUUUGCUCGGAGCAGGCUGUAGCGGAUAUUUAUUUGACUAAUUUAUUUAUUUUGCAUUUUUUUAAAGAGGGACUAUGGAAAUACUUUUUUAAAUAGUCGCAAUCAGUCUAGAGGAUAAUUACAACCUGCUAGCGCAUGGCCAAUCAUUAUUUUGCCAUGUUUUUUUUUUCUAAUUCGAUGUUCAUAACUUCAUAACCAGAUUCUGACCUCUUAUCAUAGACAAAUUGCACUUUUUUUGAAGAAUUUUUUUUUAAUGAUUUCUUCAUGUGUAUCUUUUGAUGUUAGUGUGAAUCGUCUGUCCUAAUACAUUCUUGACAUGGUAAAAUGCUAAUUGGAUUUACAAUCUUUUUUUAUCCGUAACAUUUUACAGAACCAAGGAAUGCUUAGGUAUUCGUAGCAUUCCCGAAAUGAGACACCAAACUCAUCUUGGAUUUUUAGCAAAACUGCUACGGUUUUAUUCUCUUCUAAUCUGGAUUAUCCUGCAUUACAAGUGAGAACAAGAAGGGAAUCUUGUCAGGGAGAUCAAGUGGGGGGAGAAAAUAAAAAAGAGAGUUUACGUAAAUAUGUUUUGCUGUAUGCGUCGUUUUAUAGGAAUGGAGGGCAUAGAAACAAUUAAAAAGCAAUAGAAGCAAGACUACUGUAUUUUGUCUGUAACGCUGGCUGUCCUUUGUAACAAUAUUACGUUGCCCUGCUCUGCAUUCGGGACAAAUAAAUGGAAUUUGCUGCUUGA